UAUCGCAGGCGCAGCGCACUACCCAGGUCUCACUGGUCAAUGCCUCUGUGACGCGCACGCACCAGCGCACCAGCUGGCCGCCACGCUAUCUGCCUUUGCAGAAAACCGCCCCCUGCUAAAUGCCAGCUAACUAACACGACUGGCAGAUAGCUUGCCUAGUAAUCAGGCGUAAGCCGGCACUGCUGGAAUAGUCUGAUUGUCAACGGCCUGUGGCCGAUGCGUUCACCUUAGAUGUUUAGGAACUAGGCACGAGCCUCCCUCCCGGAGCCCUGGCUCGGUAGAAGCUCCAGUCAGUAUUCUAACAAUCACAGUAGCAGAAACACGUGAGCCCUCUCCGCCGAAUACCCCGUCCACGAAAGCGUCCGCGUGUGCCAAAGAACUCAACCAACCGCCCCUCGCGUGAAUCGAGUCAGGAAGGAACGGCCUAGGGACUACUAUCGGUCUUAUCAGGCGUCACGUCAUGACCCCGAAUAGGGCACCUCAAAACAAUCAGGCCUCUUCACCGCCGUCGACAUGGAAGAAAGAUACCAGGUGUGCACCCGUAAUCGGGGCCGAAGCAAUAACUCAGUUGAAGAACCCUAUUUGGUUAAUUCGCCCCCGGGUGAUACUUGACUAUAAAUAGAUUUUCUAGACUCAAACAAAUCCCGAAUCCUAGUGCAAACUGAUUGAGUCAGCUGGUCAUACAAGUAAUGGAUAUGAAGCUAUCCGGAGUUGGAACCCCUAACUUGAACCCCGGGGAAGGAUCCUUCUAGAUCACUCAGUGCAGGAGGAGCGGAAAUUUUUCUGCAGUCCCGUUCUGCGUAAGCCCCCGGGUGAUCCUCGGGACAGUACACGCUCACGUCAUAAUCAAAGCUCGGCGGCCCUGGAGGAGGAACUUGUCGAGGAGCUCGAAUUCGGUACAACGUCAGAACGUCUCGGACGGUGGCGGCGCGGCCAAAGGCCGGCAGUGCGGCUAUUUGGCGUUGGCAAGCCUGCCCAGACCCGGCCGUGUGAGCAUCGAGGUGCUCGCGCCUUGCUCGCGCCGCAGUGAGGACGGACGGAGACGGAAGGGCCGGCGGCCCAGCGACAAAGACACACCGAGCACCAAUGAGCACCGUCCGCUGCCGGGCGCGCUGGCUGACCGCGGCGGUCGUGGCGGUGUGGGCCGUGUGCCUCACCACCCUGGCCGUGCUGGCCUCGGUGCUGGUGGAGGCCCCGGACGUCCGCGUGCUGGUCAUCGACACCGACGCGGGCGCCGACGACGCCGUCGCCAUCCUGGAGCUGCUGCGGGCCGAGGAGAUGCACAUAGGGCGUGACUGGACCGGCAGGCGGCGGGAGACGCGGGUGCUGGCCAUCACCUGUGUGUUCGGCAACACGGGCGUGGAAAACGUCACCAAGAACGUGCUGGCCACGCUGGAGACCGCCGGCCGCCAGGACGUGCCCGUGUACACAGGUGCGGGCGUCGCGCUGCUGCCGCCCAAGCCGACCUACGACUUCUACUUCGGCGAGGACGGCUUCGGCGACUUCCUGCCGCCCGGGCCCCCGGACGUCAACAAGGUGCAGCCCGAGCACGCGGCCGCGGCCCUGGUGCGCCUGGCCAGGGAGCACAAGGGCCAGCUAAGCCUGCUCUGCAUCGGCCCGCUCACCAACAUCGCCCUGGCCGUGCGCCUGGACGCCGCCUUCCUGGACAACCUGCGGGACCUGUUUAUCCUCGGCGGGGCCGCGCACGGGAACGGCAACUACAAGCCAGGCGCCGAGUUCAACAUGUACUCGGACCCGGACGCCGCCAUGAUCGUCCUGGACGCCGUCCCCACCGACAAACCGGCCUUCUUGCUGUCCUGGGAGACGGCCCUGGACGCCGAGCUGCCCGUCGCCUGGCGGCGCGACGUGCUGGGCGCGGCGGGCACCGCGGACGUGGCCUUCUUGAACCGCGCCGAGGGCGUGCUGCUCGCCACGCUGCCCACCUGGAACAGCGCCGACGGGCUGCUGGCGGCGCACAUCCUGGACGCGCGCGUCUGCCCGCCGGGGAAGGCCGUGCGCGUGGACGUGCUGUCCGGGCAGGGCCCCGGCCGCGGCGUGUCCCUGGUGGACCACUCCAACACCACGCGCCUCCCCGCCAACGCCGUGCUCGUCGAGAAGCCCGACGUGGCCGCCUUCCAGAGGCUGCUGCUCCGGCUGCUCGGAUCGAAAGGGUCCUGAGACCCUGUCGUCGACAUCGAAGAUGAAGGAAUGAAAGCAUUAAUAAAUAUAAAACUUCUUUUUUCAAUUUCU